UCUGGGGUUCGGGGGGGUCUGGAGGUCUCAGACCCCCCCAGUCCCCACUGGUGAGCCGCACGGGGGUGGGGGGCUCGGGGGGGUCAGGGCUUUGGGGUCUCUGGGGUUUGGGGUCCCGGGCGCCCGACGGUCCCGGCCCUCCCCUGCCGGCCCGGCCCGGCGGGGGCGGUCCCGGCCGGCCCCUCCCGCAGGAAGCGCCGGGAAGGGGCGGACGGGAUCCACCCGCGGCAGGACGCGGUUCCUGCUCCCGCUGCGGCCCCCCCCGCGCCCGGCACGGCCCCCCCGCACCCGGAAGCCCCGGCUGCUCCGUAACUCGCCCGGGGGCCGCUUUGUGUUCCAGCCCGGGGAGACGCCUUUCCGACGGGGGGGGGCACCCCAAGAGCCCCGCGCCCCCCCGCCGCCACCCCCCCGCUGCCGCCCCCCCCACUCCGUGGGGCCGGGGGGGGGCUCCCACCGUUGCUGCCCUCGCCUGGAUCCAUUUGCCAGCUCAGAAACAGCCGCAGGUUGGAACCCCCCCAGGGGCAGCAUGGAGCCAGAGGAGAGCUUGAACGGGAGCCCAGUGCCGGGCGCCCGCGGGGUGGUGGCCAUCAUUGGUGCCGAGGAUGAGGACUUUGAGAACGACAUCGAGCCGAACCCCGACGACCAGAACAGCCUGUUCCAGAGCCUGGAGCUGGUGCGGCAGCACCCGGCCUAUCUCAUGGCCUUCCUGCAGCACGUCGUGCUCCAGUUCGACUCCUGCCCUGUGCUCUGCUACCUGCACGUGGACAUGCUGCGCAGGAUGAACCCCAAGGAGGGCAAGAAGCAGUUCCUGGAGUUCUGCCACAUGUUCCUGGACAAGGCGGGGCUCCUGCGGGUGCCUGUCCCCCACCAAGUGCAGUUUGAAUUGGACCGGACGCGGCCCGAGCUGCUGUCGGACGAGGUGCAGCGCCGGUACCUGCAGGAGAUCCAGGCCUUCCAGGAGCCCGAGAUCUCCCGCCAGCUGGAGGAUUUCAGGUCCAAGCGGCUGAUGGGGAUGACGCCGGGGGAGCAGGAGCUGGCAGAGCUGGAGUCCUACCGCACCCGGGACCAGGGCAUCCGCGAGGCCAAGGAGAAGCAGCUGGCGGAGCUGCUGCUGGCCCGCCUGGAGGAGAUGCACCUCACCAUCUCUUCCGACGAGGAGAAAAGCUCCGCCAUCUUCAGUGCCAUUGUCACCUACAUGAAGUACCUGGGGGUUAAAACCAAAGUGGGCGACGGCAAGAAAUCCAAAUCCAACUUCUUCCGCAAGAAGAUCUCGGGCAGCAAGAAGGCGGACGAGCUGCAGGCCAAGUCGCGGAAGGGCUUCAGCCUGCCGGGGGCGGCUCUCUGGGUCCGGGACCCCCACAACGCCGAUUUCAGGCAAAGCAAAAUCCCUGAGGGCGAAGCCGAAAAGGUGCCGCAUGCCGAGAGGAAGGGCCCCAAGGCCGCCGAGAGGCCGGAUGGGGGGGCGGCACGGCCCAAAGCGGGGGCAGCCAGGACCCCCGACCCCCCCAGCGUGGCCGUCACCAGCAACCCCCCCCCCAGGGGAGGGCGCAGGGCGAUCCAGGCUUGGAGCCCCCAGAGCUGGGAGACCCCCCCCCCGGACCCCCCCGCCAGCGAGCAGCACCCCACGGAGGAGGGGGCCGAGAACGAAAGAAGACGGAUCAGGCUGCCGGGGAGGCUGGGGCCGCUCGGAGAGCCUGCGCCUGGGCGAGCGGAAAGCGAUCCCAGCGCGCCUCGGCCAAGGGCAAGCAGCCGCGCUCCCGCAGCGACGUCGACCUGCACGUGGCCGCCCGCCCGGAGGAGGGGGCCGCGCCCCCCCGCCGCCGACCCACCCUGGAGCCGGGGGGGCCCGGGGGGGGGCGAGCCCCCGCAGUCCUUUCUGCCUCCCCAGUCUGAGGAGACUGAGCCGCGCGUUGCGGAGCUGGAGCUGGAGCCGCCGGCCUGGCGGCAGCUCGCCCCCCCCGACGCACUCCUCAGGCUGAAGAAGAGCGAGGUCAAGCGGCAAGAAGUCAUCAACGAGCUGUUCCUGACGGAGCACGCGCACGUCCGCAUGCUGCGGGUGCUGCUGGAGGUCUUCUACCAGCCCAUGCUGCGGGAGGCCUUCUUCGACGAGCAGGAGCUUUCCAACAUCUUCCCCAGCCUGGAGGACCUGGUGGAGGUGCACACCCUUUUCCUCGACAGCCUGAAGAAGCUGCGGGAGGAGAGCGGCUACGUCAUCGCCGAGAUCGGCGACGUGCUGCUGGCGCGGUUCGAGGGCACAGAGGGCAGCUGGUUCCAGAAGAUCUCGGCGCGGUUCUGCAGCCGCCAGUCCUUCGCCCUGGAGCAGCUCAAGGCCAAGCAGCGCAAGGACACCCGCUUCAGCCAGUUCAUCCAGGAGGCGGAGAGCCAGCCCCGCUGCCGCCGGCUGCAGCUGAAGGACAUCAUCCCCACCGAGAUGCAGCGGCUCACCAAGUACCCGCUGCUGCUGCACAACAUCACCAAGUGCACCGAGGCUGCGGGCGAGCGGGCCAAGGUGGAGCAGGCGGCCGAGUGCUGCCGCCAGAUCCUCAACCACGUCAACCAGGAGGUGCGGGACAUGGAGAACCUCAUGAAGCUCAAAGAUUACCAGCGGCGCCUGGAUCUCUCCAACCUGAAGCAGAGCACGGACCCGCUGCUGAGCGAGUUCAAGAACACGGACAUCACCAAGAGGACGCUGGUGCACGAGGGGCCGCUGACCUGGCGCGUCACCCGGGACAAGGCCGUGGACGUGCACGUGCUGCUGCUGGACGACCUGCUGGUGCUGCUGCAGCGGCAGGAGGAGCGGCUGGUGCUGCGCUGCCACGCCGCACCAUCACCCCCCGCGCCCGACGGCAAGCAGAUGCUCAGCCCCGUGGUCCGCCUGCGCUCCGCCAUGACCCGCGAGGUGGCCACAGACCACAAGGCCUUUUACGUCAUCAUCAGCUGGGAGAACGGGGCCCAGAUCUACGAGCUGGUGGCGCAGAGCGUGUCCGAGAGGAAGAACUGGUGCGCGCUGAUCAGCGAGACGGCCGGAUCCCUCAAGCUGCCGGGGGGCCCAGCGGGCCAAGACGGCGCGGGGGGGGGCGACCCCCCACAGCCCCCUCUACGGUUACCGGGAGCUGAGCAGCUCAGAGAACGGGGGGGCCCUGAAGGAGCCGCUGCCUCUGGAUGGGGGGGCUGGCGGCCGCCGCGCUGGGCAGAGCGGGGCCGCCUCCCCCCCCCCCCGAGGAGGCCUGGGGGGGCCCUGGCACGGCCCCCCCCGCGGAGGAGCGUCGGGACGCGGGCGACGGGGCCGAGAGGCGAGGGCGAGGGACGGGGGCAGCACCCCGAGGGGGGGGCCGCAGGGGGCCCCCCCAACGGCCCCCGCUCCCCGCAGUGGGGGUCGCGGCUGGGGGAGGCGGGGGGGGGCCGUUGCCCCCCCCCUUGGCGCUGCCCCCCCCAGCAGGCGGCCUGGCUGGGGGAGGAGCUGCAGGGGCUGGAGGAGACGCUGCAGCGGCUGAAGGAGCUGGAGGAGCACUACUGGCAGCUGCAGGAGCUCCUGGCCAAGCGCGGCCCCCCCGGCGUGCUCUUCACAUGAGGGCAGG